AUGAAGGUUCUUUUACUUUCCUUGUUUACCUCGUUGGCUUAUGCCAGCUCUGUCUCAUCCCACUGCCGUUGUAGGCCGCACCAGAGUUGUUGGCCAUCCCCAGAAGAAUGGAACUCUCUGAACAGCUCUGUCAACGGGAACUUGGCCGCUGUGAGACCUGUAGCCGCUGUUUGUCACAAUGGAGGCGCGCAGAGUGAAGCCUGCCAGGCUGUACAGGCCCUAUGGACCAACUCGACAUGGAGAGCGUCGCAGCCUGGCGCUGUUCAGUACGAGAACUGGGAGGCAUGGCCUGAACACAAUCAGACUUGUCAUAUCGAAAAUCCUUUUAAUCAACCUUGUGGCCAGGGUCGAAUUUCGCUUUACUCGACUGUAGCGACGUCUGCGUCCGACAUCCAGAAUACUGUGCGUUUUGCAACGAAGCAUAAUCUCCGGCUAGCCAUCAAGAAUUCCGGCCACUGUUUCCUAGGUCGUUCAACCGCUCCUGAAUCGCUGCAAAUAUUGACCAAUGGCAUGAAGGAUAUCGAUAUUGUGGAUGAUUUCACGCCAAAGGGAGCCCCCAGCGGAAGGGCUGGAGAACCGGCAGUCACCAUCGCAGCUGGUGUCAGUCUCCAAGAGCUCUACAGUGCGUUAGGCGAGAAGCAGAAGUUAGUUGUUGCUGGUGCAUCCCACACCGUUGGUGCUGCGGGGGGAUAUAUUCAGGGAGGUGGUCAUUCUUUCCUGGGGCCAUGGAAAGGAAUGGCGUCCGACAACGCGCUUCAAUUCACUGUGGUAACUGCUGAUGGCGAGUUGGUUGUUGCCAACAAAUACCAGAACCCCGACCUCUUUUGGGCACUACGCGGAGGGGGUGGCGGCACCUUUGGAGUUGUGGUGGAUGUCACGCUCCGGACAUUUGACGACGUGCCUGUGAUCACAGGUAGCCUCAACAUAUCUGCCCCUUCCGGAAGCCCAAACUUUUGGGAAGCUAUAACCCAGUUCCACGCUCAUCUGCCCGCUCUGAACGACGCUGGAGGAGCGGGUUAUUACUUCAUCUACCCACAACUUCCCUGGACUGGGAACACGACAAUUUCUGCUUUCACAGUCGCGCUUUUUUUCCCGAACCAGACAAAUGUCGCAAAGGUUGACCAAGCUUUUGCCCCGUUGCUCAGGUCGUUGAACUCGACGACAGGCGUCGAGACGCAAUACAUUGCCCUGCCAUUGCCUAAUAUCAACACUCUCAUCUCGGACGUAUUACUCCCUGGCGACGCAGAUGAGACUGGUACUAUUACACUGGUGGGUUCCAGAUUGUUUUCUCGCGAUUUAUUGGUCUCAAAGCAUGGACCCAGAAGAUUGGUUUCAACUCUACGAAGUCUUCUACAGGCGGGUAAAGUUGCUACAGGUCAUAUCGUGGCUGGAGGUUCCGUGGCCAAGAACGGUAGGGAUAUCGACAGUGCCCUCAAUCCAGCAUGGAGAGAGGCUGCCACACAUAUCACAAUCGGCGCUGGCUGGGGUCCAAAUGCAUCGCUGGCGGAACAGGAGGCGAUUAGGAAAAACCUGACAGACGUCGAAGUGGAACGGCUUCGCUCUGUAGAGGGCGCAGAUAAGAUGGGCGCGUACUUAAACGAAGCGAAUGCCUAUGAGAAGGACUUCCAGUCAUCUUUCUGGGGAAGCAAUUAUCCUCGCCUGUACGCGAUCAAGCAGAAAUGGGAUCCUGAGGGUCUGUUUAUUACACGCAGUGGUGUGGGUAGCGAGAACUGGGACGCAGAAGGCCUUUGCAGAGACCACUGA